AUGGCCGAACUAUCUGAGAUACGAAAAAAAAUACUCGAAAACGACAUUGCAAAACGAAUUGUCAUCAAAGUGAAAACCGAAAGUUUGGAUCCUCAAGACUAUCGUGCUUCAGCAAACAGAGCUGCCAGCGAGGUUUUUCCGGACUGGCAAGACGAUUCCCGCAUUCUCUUUCUUGCCAUAGAUGUGUGGAGUGAACGUACCUUCCUCGUCAUCGACAUCAAUCAUCAUGAUUAUGAUUUCGGCACAGCGCACAAAGCUAAGACCGUCCUCCCAGUCUUCGUACUUCGGCAGCAUGGGAAAAGGCGGGACUGGGUGUUAAUCAGGUGGCCCCAAGAAGAUGAGCCUCUUAGUGCACAGUUAGCGGACCUCCACAAUGUCAACGGCUUUGAUGCAACGCCUUUCCUAGAAAACCACAACUCACGCAUUGUACACGCCAACCCGCGUGAGUUUCCUGUUUGA